AUCUGCGAUGCCAUCUCCCGACAAAUGGAUGUGACAGGCGGCCGUCGGAGACCGAGAAAGCCUAAAUCCGCUCUUCAACACAAGAACCCUCCAUUUUUUUCCCAAACCACAUUUCCUUUAAGGAUAUCUUUAAACUGCGAGCUUUAACGCGAGGAGCGCAUUCAACAGUGCGCGGCGCGGAGCUCAAGUAGCGGAGCUGCUGGGAGCUGCGCUGUUAAACAAGGUGGAGGAGUGAGUGAAUCCCUCGACUGCCGAGGACGACACGUCUCUUCACCAUAAUAAUAAUAAUAACAAUAAUACUUAAACAGUGUUACCCAUCGGGGAUCAGGACAAUCGUGAGUUUUUGAGCAGUUUGCAAGAAAAUGUGAUUUUUGUACGCACAGAUCAAACGGAUGACGCGCAAUUCCAGCCAUGAACGCGCAUCGCGAGGCGCACGACUGAUAUCUUGAUUACAAAGGAAGUUUUUAUUGGUAUUACUGUGCGUGUGUCUGCUGUCGCCUCAACUUUUACGUCCUUGCUUGGUGGAGCCAGAUGAGAAGGCAAGGGAGCGGAAAGUGGUUGACUUAACAUGGCUGAGCCGCUGGGGCAUCAGGGGGCGCUGGCUGGAGCUCCCCAAAGCGUCUGAAUCCCAGACCAGUUGAUUGUUUUGGGGGCUGGCAGAUGACCAGAGGCCGAUAAUGUCGAAGAGGGAGAAAUUCAACCCGGAUCCGUCCAUUCACAUAUCCAAGAUGAAUGUCAUCAUUCCGUUUACAUCAGAUGUGCCCUGUGACAGCAACGGCCAGCGGAUGUGGUGGGCUUUCCUCGCCUCCUCCAUGGUCACUUUCUUCGGGGGUCUCUUCAUAAUCCUCCUGUGGAGAACUCUCAAAUACAUGUGGACUGUGUGCUGCCACUGUAAUGCCAAAAAGAAGGAUGUCCAUCGGAUUACCACAGGCGAUGGCAUCAUCAAGCGGGCCGGCAAGGAUGACCCAGCGGCCAGCGAGGUGGGCUGGAUGACCUCGGUCAAAGACUGGGCCGGAGUCAUGAUAUCUGCUCAAACACUAACAGGAAGAGUCCUGGUGGUGCUGGUAUUUGCUCUCAGCAUUGGAGCCCUUGUUAUAUACUUCAUAGAUUCUUCUGAUCCUAUUGAGUCCUGUCAGAACUUUUAUGAAGACUUCACGUUGCAGAUCGACAUGGCAUUCAACGUGUUCUUCUUGCUGUACUUUGGCCUCCGCUUCAUUGCUGCGAAUGACAAGCUGUGGUUCUGGCUGGAGGUGAACUCAGUAGUGGACUUCUUCACGGUUCCUCCGGUGUUUGUGUCGGUGUACCUGAACAGGAGCUGGCUCGGCUUGAGGUUUUUAAGGGCCUUAAGGUUGAUACAGUUCUCAGAAAUUUUACAGUUUUUGAAUAUACUAAAGACAAGCAACUCAAUAAAGCUUGUGAACCUGUGUUCAAUCUUCAUAAGUACAUGGCUAACUGCAGCAGGAUUCAUUCAUUUGGUGGAAAACUCAGGGGAUCCUUGGGAAAACUUCCAAAAUUCCCAGGCACUUUCCUACUGGGAAUGUGUCUACUUACUCAUGGUUACUAUGUCCACUGUUGGCUAUGGAGACGUUUAUGCAAAAACCACCCUGGGUCGCCUGUUCAUGGUCUUCUUCAUCCUCGGUGGUUUGGCCAUGUUUGCGAGCUACGUCCCUGAAAUCAUAGAGUUAAUAGGAAACCGCAAGAAAUAUGGUGGUUCCUAUAGUGCGGUUAAUGGGAGAAAGCACAUCGUGGUCUGUGGUCAUAUAACACUUGAGAGUGUGUCCAACUUUCUAAAAGACUUCCUACACAAGGACAGGGAUGAUGUCAAUGUAGAAAUUGUUUUUCUCCAUAAUAUUUCCCCUAAUCUUGAGCUGGAAGCCUUGUUCAAGCGCCACUUCACUCAGGUGGAGUUUUACCAAGGAUCUGUCCUGAACCCACACGACCUGGCCAGAGUCAAGAUCGAAUCAGCUGAUGCCUGUUUGAUCUUAGCCAACAAAUACUGUGCAGACCCUGAUGCCGAGGAUGCAUCCAACAUCAUGAGAGUAAUAUCUAUCAAGAACUACCAUCCAAAGAUCAGAAUAAUCACUCAAAUGUUGCAGUACCACAAUAAGGCCCACCUUUUGAACAUCCCGAGCUGGAACUGGAAGGAAGGAGAUGACGCUAUUUGCCUUGCGGAGCUAAAGCUGGGGUUCAUCGCUCAGAGCUGCCUGGCUCAGGGCCUCUCCACCAUGCUGGCCAACCUUUUCUCCAUGAGGUCCUUCAUCAAGAUUGAAGAGGACACGUGGCAGAAGUAUUACCUGGAAGGAGUAUCCAAUGAGAUGUACACUGAGUACCUGUCGAGUGCCUUUGUGGGCAUGUCCUUCCCUGUAAUUUGCGAACUCUGCUAUGUGAAGCUAAAGCUGCUACUGAUAGCUAUAGAGUACAAGUCUGAUCAAAGGGAAUGCAGCACCCUGAUAAACCCUGGAAACCAUAUGAAAAUGCAGGAGGGGACAUUGGGCUUCUUCAUUGCCAGCGAUGCCAAAGAAGUAAAGAGGGCGCUGUUUUACUGUAAAGCCUGCCAUGAUGACAUUAGUGAUCCCAAAAGGAUAAAGAAAUGUGGAUGCAAGAAAUUGAUAUAUUCCAAGAGGGCUGCCUACAAGAAAAUGAGACUGGCAUGUUGUUUUGAUUGCGGCCGCUCAGAGCGGGACUGCUCUUGCAUGCCAGUUAAUGUGCGUUGUAACAUGGACUCCCCUCAACGCGACAUCCCACUCUCUGCUGUCUCUGUUAAUGAUUGCUCAGCCACUUUACGUGCCUCUAAAAAUAGCUAUAAUGGAUAUAUCAAAUCAAUUGAAGAGGACCAACAGUCGGCAUUGUCUCCUAAAAAAAAGCAACGUAACGGAGGCAUGAGAAAUUCUCCAAACUCCUCACCCAAGAUAAUGAGACAUGAUCCGCUCCUCAUCCCGGGGAACGAGCAGAUUGAGAGCAUGGACGACAAUGUAAAGAAAUAUGACUCCACAGGGAUGUUUCACUGGUGCCCGUCCAAAGACAUCGAAAAGGUCAUCUUGACCCGGAGCGAGGCAGCCAUGACUGUUCUGAGCGGCCACGUGGUCGUGUGUAUAUUUGGAGAUGUGAAAUCGGCGUUGAUCGGUCUCCGAAACUUUGUCAUGCCUCUGAGAGCGAGCAACUUUCACUACCAUGAGCUGAAGCACAUCGUGUUUGUUGGCUCACUUGAGUAUCUUAAGCGGGAGUGGGAGACUCUUCACAAUUUUCCAAAGGUCUCCAUUUUACCUGGCACACCGUUGAGCCGGGCAGAUCUGAGGGCUGUCAACAUCAACCUCUGUGACAUGUGUGUCAUUCUGUCAGCCAAUCAGAACAAUAUUGACGAUGCAUCACUGCAGGACAAAGAAUGCAUCUUGGCGUCACUCAACAUCAAAUCCAUGCUGUUUGACGACAGCAUCGGGGUCUUGCAGGCUAAUUCCCAAGGCUUCACACCACCAGGAAUGGAUAGAUCCUCUCCUGAAAACAGCCCAGUCCAUGGAUUAGUGAGGCAGACUUCUGUCACAACUGGAGCAAAUAUUCCCAUCAUAACCGAACUAGCACCAUUAGCAAAGCCAGGCAAAAAACUGCCUGUGAUUUCAUUCAGUCAGGAUACAAGCAGUGGGACCAGCAUACAAAUAAUAACUGAGCUGGUAAAUGACUCGAACGUUCAGUUCCUGGACCAAGAUGAUGAUGACGACCCUGACACAGAGUUAUACCUGACUCAGCCUUUUGCUUGUGGGACAGCCUUUGCCGUCAGUGUGCUGGAUUCCUUAAUGAGUGCUACAUACUUCAAUGAUAAUAUCCUCACCUUGAUCCGGACGUUGGUAACAGGCGGGGCAACGCCAGAGCUGGAGGGGCUGCUGGCAGAGGAGAAUGCGUUACGGGGCGGCUACAGCACACCACAGACGCUGGCGAACAGGGACAGGUGUCGUGUGGCACAGCUGGCCUUGUACGACGGGCCCUUCGCCGACCUCGGGGAUGGUGGUUGUUAUGGUGACCUGUUUUGUAAAGCCCUGAAAACAUACAACAUGUUGUGCUUUGGCAUCUAUCGGUUACGAGACGCACAUCUUAACGCACAAAGCCAAUGUACCAAACGGUAUGUCAUAACCAAUCCACCAUAUGCGUUUGAGCUGGUGCCCUCAGACCUGAUAUUCUGCCUGAUGCAGUUUGACCACAACGCUGGCCAGUCUCGAGCCAGCCUCUCCCACUCUUCCCAUUCGUCCCAUUCCUCCAGCAAAAAGAGCUCCUCUGUCCAUUCUAUCCCAGCCACCAACCGCACCAACCGCGCCAAAAGCAGGGACUCACGAGACAAACAAAAUGCAACAAGGAUGAAUAGAGUGGGCCAAGAAAAGACAUGGUUUACAGAUGAGCCAGAGAAUACCCACCUGAGGACCAUGCAGAUCAAGCCUGUGAAUAAGCUCGCCAUCAACCAAGUCAGUCAGUAUAAAUCCACAAGCAGCUUGAUUCCAACCAUCAGAGAAGCAGAAGAUGAGUGCUGAGCUCCGGACACGCACUGACACCUGGACAUCUGGACUCCCAGAAGACUCAUCGUGUAGUUGUCAGACUGGGAUUCAGGUGAUCUUCUCAUCUGCAAACAUAAAUCAUUAAUUGACGAAGAUGAGACUAACACAAACUGCUUUCCUCAUUUACCUCUGCAGCUUAUUGUACAAGCAGAUUUAUAAUCAUACAAGAAAUAUACAUGAAGACAAUCAUAGUCAAAUGUCUCAACCACUCAACUAUUAGUUUGCAUAGCUAAUCUUUAAUGGUGACCAGACCUCAUGACUUUUUGUUCCAUUUUGGGGAAUGAGUGUCACAUGAAGGAGCAAUGUAAAAAAAAUAACUACUACUACUUAAAGAGGUGAUUAUUAUAACUGGAUCAAGUUUUGCUAUUGUAAAGGUUGCAUUUUUAACUGCUGAUGAACACUACUACUACUACUACUACUAGUACUACUACUACUACUACUACUACUACUACUGCAUUGACUUAACCUGGUGUUGCAGAGUUAUUCUGUACAGUAUGUUAAGAUGUGUAUUUUACAUCGAGCUGUGAUCCCACCACAAUGGCAUUGUUAGUGACUGACUCAGUGAUUCCUUUGCCAUUUGGAGCUAAUUCACAACAUUUGUGACAGUUAAGAUGGCCAGUGUCCAUGUGUAAAUGGCAUUUGGCUCCAGCCUUAUCUUUAUCAAUUUAUAUUUGUCUUAUCUUUGCCUUUUUGAGUCGUUUGUUAUAAGUUAUUUCAUGUUGCAAUUUGGUUGCAAUGUCCAAAAUCCCAGAAAUUGUAUUAAGUAAAGCUUUUAAGUUUAGAUCUGCAAAGUUUCUCCAGGGGUAAAACGUUAGGAAUAUUCAUUUUUUUUAUCUUUUUGACAAUAGCCAAAUAUGAUAGAGCUGUUUUGUUGUCGACCAACAAAAUCAGAUUUAUAAUCAUAAUAUACAGUUUAUAAUACAGUGACAGAGAUAUUCAUUUACCUAAGACAACAUAGACAGCAAAGCUAAAUACUAUGGUAUAGCAUGGCACCAUAAAAUAAGACUGUAGAUAGGUUGAAUGUGAAAGCCUCAUAUCGCAUAAAGUGGGCAUCUUUAAGUCUUUAAGUCCUUCUUUGGUUGGAAGCACUGCCUGACACAGGAUUGUAUUGGAGGCCAUUAAGCACUCUUAUGUUCUCCAUGACCAAUCUUAAUGCCAUACUCAGACAUGUUCAUGCUUUUUGUAGAUACAUGAAAAACAGCUCUAUCAUAAAAUGUUAUUUUGGCUAUUUAUGUGUUCAUCUUGGUGAUCAAUUAUAUCUGAUUCAUUCAUAAAACAAACACCUAAUGAAGCACAGAUCAUUUGUACAUUCGUGAGUCCAGAAUGCAGAGUGGUUAUUAAUCUUGUCUUAUUUAAAUUAUAAAACACAGCUAUAUUGGCACUGUUGUCACUUUAGUUCAGAAUCAAUGAAGGGGAAAGAAAGGUAAAAAACAAACUCAAGCCUAAUCCACAGAGGAUGUGUCACAGUCCAGGCUAGGACUCAUGUUGGAUGAGAAAAGAAAGAGGCUGUGACAUUUUUACAGGCACAGAGAACAUCUAAACCAUCUAUCCCUCAGUGCCAUCAAUGUGCCAGGCAGUGCUGAAGCCAACGGAGGACUCAGAAGACCCACUGUUGCGAAAAGAGGCUUCUAGUUUAGCUGAAUUUAAGCAAACUUUACUUCUGCUGUGUGACUGAGAAAUGUACCUUCCUCUUUACUCAGAGACCAUUCUUUUAAAUACUUUUUCUAUUUCUUAAUACAAGGCUGUAAUUCCCUGGAGAUAACUAGAACUGUAGUAAAUAAUUUGAAGUCUUAAAACUAUUUUUAAAUGAUCCAUCUUCAAUAGCAGAGCCUGAUAGCAAUUCAUUUUAUGUACUCUUCAAAGAAAUCUGUAAAGCUUAAUGUAAACUAUUUCUUUUCUAGUGUCUU